GCGGAGCCCGGUUCUCUUUGCAAGCCUUCCUCCUCCUCUUCCUCCUCCCCUGCUUUUUGUGCCCGCCGCAGCAGGGCUGGCCAGGCCGGGGGAGGGAAGAGAUGGGAAGGGGAGAUCGCCCCCUCCUCUCCCUCUGUCUGUUUUUUUUGCAGGUGUGUCAAUUUUAAUUCUGCCCAGUAGGUGGGACUUGGUGACUUUCGCACCGUUUUUGUUAUUUAUUUAUUUCCCCGGCUGCUUCUCUCCCUCCCUUCCUCCCCUCCCAUCCCUCCCUCCCUAGCCUCCCGUUGCGAUCCUCCGGAGCGGCUGCGGGAGCGGCGGGCGGCCGGGCCGGCAUGCAUCCAUCCCCGCCCGCGGCCGCGGCCGCUGCCCUAGCGGGAAUUACAGCCUCUCCCAGCCAGCUGCCAGCAUGAUUUCAUCUGCUGGAGGAUUUUUGCAGCUGAUCGCUUGAGGUUUUGUUGUUGUUGUUUUUUUUUUUUUUUUUUUCUUUUUCCUCCCUCUGUCUUUGUUUCCUUCCCCCUUUCCCCCCCUUCCCCUCCCUCCAUCCCCCCUUUCCUCCUCCUCCUCUUUUUUAGAAGCAGCAAUCGGAGAUGGAUGUCUCUCUUUGCCCUACCAAGUGCACUUUCUGGAGGGUUUUUUUGCUCUGGAGCAUUUGGGGAGACUAUCUGCUUUCGGUGCUGGCUUGCCCUGCUAAUUGUCUUUGCAGCAAGACAGACAUCAAUUGCAAGAAGCCGGAUGAUGGGAACCUCUUCCCUCUCUUGGAAGGGCAGGAUUCAGGCAGCAGCAAUGGCAACACGAGCAUCAAUAUCACGGACAUCUCAAGGAACAUCACUUCCAUACACAUAGAGAACUGGAAGAACUUGCAGACACUGAACGCCGUUGACAUGGAGCUGUACACAGGACUCCAGAGGCUGACAAUCAGGAACUCAGGACUACGAAACAUCCAGCCAAGAGCCUUUGCCAAGAACCCCCACCUGCACUAUAUAGACCUCUCCGGGAACCGGCUCACCACUCUGUCAUGGCAACUCUUCCAGACACUGCGACUCUUUGAACUGAAACUAGAGAGGAACCUUUUUAACUGCAGCUGUGACAUCCGCUGGAUCCAGCUCUGGCAGGAGAAGAGCGAGGCAAACCUGCAGUACCAGGAUCUCUACUGCAUGACCAUGGAUGCAGCCAUCAUCACUUUGAAGGAGAUGAACAUCACCCAGUGUGACCUUCCUGAGAUCAGUGUGAGCCAUGUGAACCUGACGGUGCGGGAAGGGGAGAACGCCGUCAUCACCUGCAAUGGCUCAGGAUCGCCGCUACCGGACGUGGACUGGACAGUGGCUGAACUCCACUCCAUCAACACCCACCAGACCAACCUCAACUGGACCAAUGUUCAUGCCAUCAAUUUGACCUUGGUGAACGUCACCAGCGAGGACAACGGAUUCCUGCUUACCUGCAUUGCUGAGAACGUGGUGGGGAUGAGCAAUGCCAGUGUGCUGCUCACUGUCUACUAUCCCCCUCGCAUCCUUACUCUGGAGGAGCCGGUGCUGCACAUGGACCACUGCAUUGCAUUUGCAGUGCAUGGGAACCCAGCUCCCACCCUCCACUGGCUGCACAACGGCCAGGUGCUCCGCGAGACAGAGAUCAUCCGCAUGGAGUUCUACCAACAGGGGGAAGUGUCUGAGGGCUGCCUGCUCUUCAACAAACCCACCCACUACAACAACGGCAACUACACGAUUGUGGCUACCAACCAGCUGGGCUCAGCCAACCAAACGAUCAAAGGACACUUCCUUGAAAAGCCUUUUCCAGAGAGUACGGACAGCUUUGUCUCAAUCGGUGAUUAUGAAGUGAGUCCCACCCCACCCAUCACUGUGACCCACAAACCAGAGGAGGACACUUUUGGGGUUUCCAUAGCGGUUGGGCUGGCAGCUUUUGCUUGUGUCCUCUUGGUCGUGCUCUUUAUUAUGAUCAACAAGUACGGCCGGCGCUCCAAGUUCGGAAUGAAAGGUCCCGUGGCAGUGAUCAGCGGGGAGGAGGACUCAGCCAGUCCUCUCCACCACAUCAACCAUGGCAUCACGACGCCCUCGUCCCUGGACGCCGGCCCGGACACGGUGGUGAUCGGCAUGACGCGCAUCCCCGUCAUCGAGAACCCCCAGUACUUCCGACAAGGUCACAACUGCCACAAGCCAGACACGUAUGUCCAGCAUAUUAAGAGGAGAGACAUCGUUUUGAAGAGGGAGCUGGGAGAAGGUGCCUUUGGGAAGGUGUUCUUGGCCGAGUGUUACAACCUCAGCCCCACUAACGACAAAAUGCUGGUGGCAGUGAAGGCUCUGAAGGACCCCACGCUGGCAGCCCGCAAGGAUUUCCAGCGGGAGGCAGAGCUGCUCACCAACCUGCAGCACGAGCACAUCGUCAAGUUCUACGGCGUCUGCGGCGACGGCGACCCGCUCAUCAUGGUCUUCGAGUACAUGAAGCACGGGGACCUCAACAAAUUCCUCAGGGCACAUGGCCCAGAUGCAAUGAUCCUGGUGGAUGGGCAGCCUCGACAAGCCAAAGGGGAGCUAGGGCUAUCCCAGAUGCUCCACAUUGCCAGCCAGAUAGCCUCUGGAAUGGUGUACCUUGCCUCCCAGCACUUUGUGCACAGAGAUCUGGCCACCAGGAACUGCUUGGUCGGAGCCAACCUGCUGGUGAAGAUUGGAGACUUUGGGAUGUCAAGAGAUGUCUACAGCACUGAUUACUACAGGGAAGGGCCGCGUCUGAAGGGCCAGCUCAGCGCAGCGUGGCAGCGACAGAGACUGGCACCGUCGGCAGCUGCAACAGUUGGAGGACACACCAUGCUGCCUAUCCGCUGGAUGCCUCCAGAGAGCAUCAUGUACAGGAAAUUCACCACAGAGAGUGAUGUCUGGAGCUUCGGGGUGAUCCUCUGGGAGAUUUUCACAUAUGGGAAGCAACCCUGGUUCCAGCUCUCAAACACAGAGGUCAUUGAGUGCAUUACCCAAGGCCGAGUUUUGGAGAGGCCCCGAGUCUGCCCCAAGGAGGUUUACGACAUCAUGUUGGGCUGCUGGCAGAGGGAACCUCAGCAACGGCUCAACAUCAAGGAGAUCUACAAGAUCCUCCAUGCUCUGGGCAAGGCCACACCAAUCUACCUGGACAUCCUUGGCUAGCAGUGGCCACUUGUUGGAAGUCCCUGCUCCUUCCUCCCGUCCUUCCUUCCCUCUCCCACCCCCAAACCCUUUUCCCCUCAGCUCCCAAACAAACAUCAUAUAAACUCAAGUGCCUGCUACACAUACAACACUGAAAACAAAAAAAAGCAAAACAAAAAGCAAACCAACAAAAAUCCCACAGAACAACAACCUGUAAAGCAGUUUGGCUUAUAUAUAUUUAUAGAUAUCUCUCUCUAUAUAACUACCACACCAAUACAGAAAGAAGCUGCUGUUACAGAAAAUUGUGAGACUAUAUAAAAAAAAAAAAAAAGAAACAAAAAAGGGACAAAAAGUACUUAAAAAUAUAUAUAUAAUUAAAAAAAAAAAAAAAAGAGAAAGAAAGGAGAAGGUAUCUUUUCCCCGAGCAAUCAAGCAGUGAAACGUAACCCUGCUGUGAGCAUGGUUCGGGCAGCUGGGCAGGGCUCUAGACUGGCUAUGGCAGCGAUGCCAUCCUGGGCAGGAGCUGCAGGAAGAAAGCCUUGCCCUGGUUGUAUGAUAUGCACUGAAUGUGUGAAAUCAGUCCUCCCUUUUCGUCCUUGCCUCCCUCCCUCCCUCCUUGCCAGCCCGCAGGUGAUGGGCACAAAGCCAGGGCAGUGCCCCUGGAUGAACUCUCUUUUACCAACCCCUUCCUCUUAGUCCCUCCUCAUCCCUUUCUGCCUUCCUGCCUUUUUCCUCCCUCCUACAUUUCAGGACAAUUUUUCUAAUUUGCUGAUUCUUAAAUGUAUAGACUCAAGGCUUUUGAACACACAGUCAAAGGAUUGUGGCACCUACGGGUAAAACACACACUGGGUAAAACACACCAGGGAGCCGCUGCCCUCCUGCAGGCUGCAGGCUCCUGCCCCAGCCCUCCUCUGCCCCAGCCCUCUGCCAGUGCUGGCAGAGCAGCAGGACCAAAGCAGCUGUGCCUGGGAGUCGAGGGGGGGUCCUGGGGACUCGGUCCUGAAUCAUCCCCAGCCUGCUCCAGUGUGUGAGACAGGAGUGCUGCUCACCCAGGGCGUCCAGUGCAGGCGUCACUUUGGAGGAACAACCCCGCUCCUCUCCACCCUUUAUGGCUGUUAGUGGCCAUGGGGUUGGUUAGUGGCCAUGGGGUUGUUCCCCUGCCCUCAGCUGUCUCCAUCAGGGCCAAAUUGGCCCCUGGUGUAAACUUUUAGUGAGCAGGGUUGGAUCCUUGCUCUCCUCAUGGGGGAAAGGCUACAGGGUGCAGACAGCUGGGAGCAUGCCUGCAACCCUGCUGGGCAUUCUGUGGGGUCAGCAUAUCCCAGCGCUCUUCCCCCCUAUGCUCUCCCCUUCCCCAUUCCUGCCCCAUGCCUCAGUCCAAGCCUCAGGCACAAGCCAGCGGGGGACAGGGAGGGGGACCAGGCUCGUGAGAUGGCUGGGAACCUACCAACACCUGCCUGCAGCUCCCUUGCCAUUCUCCUCACGUCCCCAUCCCCUGAAAGGAUUGAUGCAUCUGCCUUUGAGCUGUUGUGAAAUGCAGAGGCUGAAGAAUAGCUCCACAGGCAGCCCCGGGAGGAGGGGGGAAGGAGGGGAAGGUGCCUUCAGGAGCAGACGGCUCAGCGGAUGGCCGCAGCGGCCAGCCUUGCAUCUCAAUGAGGAGAAAGGCCUGGCAGGCAGCAACAGGGGGUGCUGGGGACAGCCAGGGAGAGACAGCAGCAUCCUCACUAUGGCCGAUCUCCCCGGAGCAGAAAAUAAUCCUGACCUAGGGAAAUACUCAGUCAGAUGCUGGAUCCUGCCUGUCCAGACUGGGCUGAGAAUACAAAACAUCUCUGGGCCUUUUUUUCAUAUGGAUAAUGGAGGAUGAGGGGGAACCUCAGCUUGGCAGCUGCUCUCAGGAGGCAGGGAACGGGCGGCACAGGCAUUGUCAUGGCAAUUUUGAGAAGGCAACAACUGCCAGCACAAAAAUAGCCUGCUCGGAUGUGGCACUUGUGGAGGGCAAUGCAGAUGGGAGAAGAGGGGACAGAGAAGGGAUCUUGGCUCCUUCCCCAUGGCCAGAGCAAUAUUCAUGUCCAGGAUGCAAGGGGAUCUAGGUGACUGGUUAUGGCUUGCACUGAAAGGGAAGAUUUUGCAUCCUCCCCCCAUCCCCCAUGUCUCCUGACAAUCAAUAUCUCUCACUCAUGGCAGUGGCAUGGGGUGUCUGAUGGUUUCAGACAGGGGCAGGGGACACUGCUGAAGGAGGAUUGUGGUGGCAACAGCAGCUGUGGGUUUAUUCUGUGUCUGUGUAAUGUGCAGUGAGAGCCUGGGGUGGGAGAUGGUGGGCGGCAGUAGCCACGUGGGAGUGAGGACACAACAUUCCUCUGCCUGUUUGAGAGAUCUGGGCUAGUGGGACAGACUCAUGCCAAUGGGGCCUGGACAGACUGCCACUGAACAGGCACCAGCUGCCCACAGCAUCAACAGUGAUGGCAUGGUCAUGGACAAGGCUGUGGGCCAGCACCAGGAGUCCACACACAGGAACAUGCUCCCUCUCCAUAGCAGGACCUUGUUCUUUUGGAAGAGGAUAUCCUGCCUAUUUAGGUCCAACUUUGAAAGGGGAAAAGACUGAUUAAAAGGUUGCUGGCCUCAGCCUGGCUCCCUUUUUCUGCAGGCUGCUUGGCUAAAAGGAUUGGAGAUUCAGCACAGGGAGAGAACAAGCAUGGCUGUUAAUUGUCCAGCAUCUCCAGGAGAAAACCCUUUCCUGGGGUAGCCUGUCUAUUACUCCAGGGGGUUUCUUGCUCGUGCCUCCCAGGCACUGUGCCAGUUGUACAAGGCCACAGUUUUGUCCACCCCUCUCUCUCACUCCCAUGCUGUCAUUUCUUUUUUGGCUUUUACACUACAAAGUCACCUACAGACACUGGUUCCCAUCUGAUGAGAUUCCCUCAUCACAGCUGCACAGCAGCUACAUCCUCCCCUCCUCACUUCUUUCCUCCUUCCCCUCCUCCCCAGCACCACCACCCUGCCCCUUCACCACCUCUUUGUACUGUCACAAUGAGAAGGUGAGCUCAGGAGCUGAGUGUGACACCGAGACUUGGUGCUGCAUGUUUAGGAUUAGGUGGCCUGUCAGGAGAGUUUCUGUGUUCCCAGAAGAUGGCAAAUGACUGAAGAAGGUGGUGAGAUGCUCAGGCUCUGGCUGCUUUGCUCUUAGCCCCACCACGGGCAGGGACUGCCUUGGAGAAAGGUCCUUUUGUCAGAGUUAAUUGUCAACUGCUGCUCAGAAGAGCUGGAUAAGCUGCACUUCUGUGCUGUGACAUCUGCUCUGUUGCUGCUCUGGCCCCCUUGGCCUGUCAUUGUUGGAUGGAGGUUUGUUGGGAGCAAGGAGAAGAUUGUUUUUUGUUCAAACACAUGACAGAAACUGCUGCAUCCCUUUUUGGCAUGACAGUUUUGGAGGGGAAGAGGGAAAGCAGCUGUGCUGCAUUCCUGGUGAACACCCUGAGACCUCGUUUCCAGAAGCACCUUUCCUGGAGCAGAAGAGAGCUUCCCAUCAGCAUGGACUGGGGAUCUUCCCUGUAGGAAGAAGGCUCUGUGAUGGGGCUGUGUGUGAGGAGAAGAAAAGCAGAUUUUGGGGGAAACUCUCACAAAGUAUCAACAUCUGAGUGUUUGGAGUCAAAGAGAAAUGAGUUUGUGCUUCUUUAUUUCUCAGAGAGACACGUCCCUAUGCCCUGCCUCUCCUCAGAGCAGAGAGCUAUCCCUGCUGCCUGGGAACAUGUCUCAGCUCUGGGGCAAGCCUGGCCAAAUUUCCAGCACAUCCAGGCAGACCUUCCCACCACCCAGCCUCUUCCAUCUGCAGUUUUCUCAAGGGACUUGUGAAAGGGAGCUGGAAGGAACACCAGUCUGAGCAGGGCUGAGAAGGGGCCAUAGGGUCUUCCCUGUCCCAGCUGCAUGCUGCUCCCUAAAAAUUAAAAUUGUUUGCACCAACUCAGUCACCCAAGGGUGUCACUGAAGUGAUGCUUUCUUGGAAGUGAAGGUGCUAUUUUGGUGCAUGGUACAGGUGGAAAUUUUGUGCCAGGGCUGCAAACUGCAGGCAGUGAAUGUGGCUCCAGCCUCAGGGUCUCAUCAGUGACCUGGUUUGUUUUCUCCUGCCGUUCUUUUCUUCCCACCCCAGUCUGUCGGGUUGCAAGACAGAAGCUGAAAUGUAGCAAAGGGAAGAGAUGCAGAGAUCUGCCAGACUGAAUGGCCAUCCUGUCUCCUGCACAACUUGCCCAGCUGGCCUUUUUAGAUGUCCCUCAGUGCAUGGAUUUUGGGGAGUGAAAAAGUCUGAACUGCCUAUCCUUGGGUCUUCAGGGUGCUGAAUUGCAGAUGGGUGACUCUGGGAACUGUGCUGCCCAGACAAAUGUGAAAACUGUGGAAUGCUUUUAAAGAGGGUGCUUGCUUGAGAGACACCGUUAGCUCUGAGCCGUUUGCUUGUCCCAGGGAGUGGGUGGAACAAGGUGAGAAAAUGUGUGGAGGAAUAAAAGAACCAAGGAAAGGGAAAAGCUGGUUUUAGAAGGCAACUGAGUAUCUUGGGUUGGGAAAUCAAGACUUGGGGAGUGUGGUGUAGAAUUUUAAGUAGCACAAUGGAUACGAGCAAAAACAAAAGAAAAUAGCAACAUACUGCAGCUCCAGGAACAGUUAGCUAUGAAACUGGGCAAAUACUGGUUUAAAAAGGAGGCAGAAACCAAUAAAAUCAAGGGACCAUUUAUGCAGGUGGGAAACGAAGUCACUAGGCUUUGUGCUUUUCUGUGAUUUUUUUUUUUCUGUAAGAAAAUGCAACUAAAAGAAGGUCUCAAAAGUUAUGCUGUUUCAGGGGCACAGACAGAAGUAUCACAUGAGCUGUUUCCUUUCACAUGAAAGGCUCUUAUUACCCAGAACUCAAAUGUGUAGGUUUCCUUAGUUCAGGAUAUGGGCUGAAGAACGCAGACACGGUCACCACAAGCCCCCAAACCCAGAGGUAGUUUGGAACACCUGAUCAGCAUUCAUUUGUGUGCCAGUCUGUGUGAAAAUUGUUCAGCAUAUUAUCUUAAAAAGGUUUUAAAAAUCUUUCUAGUUUCCUCCCUCCCCAGGGAGUAUCUACAUCCUUUCCUGGUCUGGCCAGGAAUCAGCUGAAGCACUACAGCCAUGGCUUGUACCCAAAGUCUUUGCAACAGCUUUAGGUGUGUUCUCUGGUUGUAAGGCAAUGAUGAGAAUAAGCAAGGGGAAUAAAGGAGAUCCUGGCUGUGAUACCACGCUGUGGUGGCUGCUCUGAUAGCUGGAAGGCUCUGGACAUCAACAGGGCUGCUCUGCUAUGGGACUCACAGGCACAGGAGUGUCUUGGUGCAACACAAAAGUCUUGUUCUCCAUUUAGGUUCAGUGGCUUUCUGAUGGACGGUGGGUUCAUGGAGCCUUGGCAUAUGGUGGUGUGACCAAAUGAGUACCAAAAGCAGAAGAUGAGAAAAUUCCCUCCUCAGCACUGCUUUUCAGCAGUGGACAGACUUGCUUAACUCUAAGGUAGCUUCUCCACUCCUGCACCAAGGCAUUUCUUACAUCAGUACCCAUUUAAUGUUCACAUAGCUGCUAAAUCCUAAAAAUUCUUUUCCCUUUGCUGCUGUCCUUGAAAGUAGAGAUAUUGAAUUUCGAGCCUGGAGAAUGUAGGUGUUUUCUAAACAUCUGUCCUGGCUGGCAGUGUCAUAAAUGACACAGGCAGAGAUGUCAGUCGCUGCUCUGGCAGGAAUGGAGGAGCAUUACAUCUCUCCUGUGCCUCUUUUUAAUUUCCAAUGCAACACUGAGCCAUGAAACCGCUCCCUCAGAGAAGUGAUUGGAGUCCCAUUGCUUGCAAUUUUGAAAAACUGAACUGAGGAAAGAGAUAAGAGACUGAAGAGAAGGAAGAACAAAAUAUUCCAGCUUUCCCCAACAGUUAAGUAAGCUGGUAGGUCGGUUUCAUGUUGGUGGCUUGGGUUUCUCACAGACCCAAUCUGAGAGCUCUUUUUAAACUAAAGAAAGACCAUUGGUUCCUCCUCCCUUCUGCUAGUCACACAAUUUUAGCAUUUCUGCAAGGGGAAGAGGCAUCACAAAUCUAACCUUCACUUCCCCACACUGUCAGGAGUCCUCCACAGGAACUGCUCUCCCUCCCAGCACAAGUGACUGAUCCCACUGCUGAAAACUGGAGCAGUUGUUCUGAGGGGGAGUUUAACUGCUGAACUACUGGCAGCUUAGGACAAGGUCCCAGCAGGGAAGGCCUGAAAUACCUCUAAAGAAAAUCAUAGCUCUGGGCGGUCCAAAUGUCUUCUUGCAUGUUUUCUCUUGCUCUCUGCUGGCUUCCAGCCUCUCCAGUCUUUGCUGCUUGAUACUCAGAGAACUGAGUUUCUGCAUUCCCUCCCUUUACUGAGCUCAGAGGACUGGUGAAGCAGUUUGAUUUCAAUGUGGUAGGUGAGAUUAGAUUUCUCCCUCCAUGCCCUCUUCUUUUUCUCCCUGUGCAGCUCCUGUCCUUGCAGUUCUCAGGACUUGACUAGCAGAGUUUUUAAAUGAAGUGAAAGUCUUAAUGUGAGGUGAAUCCCAAGACCACAAACAGUUUGGACUUCAAACAGUGAGAAAAUUGGCGCCGGAUGAUUCCGCACACAAAGCAGAAAACUUUCAUUUCCUGCAGGCAGGAUGGAAUUGACUGUUAUAUUAAGACUUCAGAAGGAGCACUGCCCCGGAGUAAUUUCACUGCUGUCAGGCAGUGUUGACAUCUAGAUUAACCUCUGUGCAGUGAAUUUUACAGCAACGCUCAUUGUAAUGCAUGUGGGGUAUCUCCUGUAAAUCCCAGCUGAAGCCCACAGUGUCCCACCCAUCUGCACAGGAGGAAGGGUUGGGGAGCAGCUGCUAUCAUUUCUGACCCCAGCAAAGCAUGACUCCAACCUCAUCCAGGCCAGUUCUGCUGAAACUGAUUUUCUGCUGUGCUAAAGUGACAAUAGCUCCAGCCUGUAUUUUUUUCCUUCUAAUUCCCCAAAGAGGUUUACAUCACAAGGCUGAAAUUUUUGCCAGUGACAAACAGCUCCCUUCAUGUAUCCAGCCAGCAGUACAGUCCUAAUUAAAAGGCACUAGUUAACUAGAGGCAAUUAGCUGCUUGCACUGAUUAAUUCCAAGACAUACAAUCCCCAAACACAAAGCUCUGAUCGGAUGUGAUCUAAACGGCAGACAAACUCCCAGCUGAUGUGAGAAGGUGGCAUCCAAUCCUACUCACCAGCACACAGGCACACAGUGAACGCUGCCUACCAAACCAAAACUGCAUGAAUUAAAGAAAUUCACACAGUUAACUCUGUGAAACUCAGAGGACAUUGCAAAAGAAGCCCUUUGGUUCUAGAAAUGAAUGCUCCUGCUGCUGAUAAGUUGAAAGCAUAGGCCUGCCCUAAGUCUUUCUGUCUUGUGCUGUAGGAGGAGAUUGAGUAGUGGGAUUUCCCAGGUAGGACCACAACAGCUUCUUCACUUUUGUGUUGGCAGAGACAAUCCUGCCUGUGGUUCUUAAGAUGCAUCUCUGAGAUUCACUUUGGGAAAAAAAAGCACUAGCAUGUAAAAAAAAAAAAUAGAAAAGGAAGAGAAGGUUUCUUUGUGUGUUUUUGCCAUACCUGCUUAUUGAUACACUUAUUUUCCUCAGAUGUUGCUCUGCAGUCAUCUGCAGGAUAUUCUAGGCAAGAGGAAAGCUGACAGGGGCUGAAGAGAUCAACCACUAGCCCUAAGGGCAAAAUCCCAAUAGUACUUCUAGAAAUCUCUUUCAGAACCCAUCUCUCCUCUCACCCACAGCUCUUCACAGUAGCCUUACCAUUAUAUUUGCCAAAGGUUUUGGACAGCCUGUGGAGAGGUGACAUAUCUUCAGUUUCUCCUCAUCUUCAGGAGGAAUUGUGACAUUUCUGUAAUUCGACCCAUCAGGAAGAUUCCUUCAAACUAACAUUUAUUACCUCCAAUCAGAAUACAGCUGAAAAGGCUACCCAAGGUUAUAGAAAAGGUCGAGCUCUUGCUUUGGACUGGAAUUUGCUUUGGAAGGAAUUUGAUGGACCAAUUUAACCACCACAGCACAUCAAAACCUGGUGGCUUCAUUUAAAAAGUAAUCAGUAUUGUAUUUCGCUUUAGACAUCCGUGCAUUAGUGUUCUGCAAAUAUGAUUUCCUCUUUGUUUGCAUUAUUGAUGCCAUAAAAUGUCAGACACAUUAAAGAAAAAAAAAAAGGAGGCCAACCUUUGGGGUUUGGAAUGAUUCUAGCUGAAUUGCAGUUGGGUUACUUUCCUUUUUAUUUCCCAUGGCAGCGAUGCACUGUUACUCAUUCUGCUAUUGUUUUACAAAGAGUUCUCAGUAAGUGUAUUUAUUCAGCCAACCAUAUUUCAGGAAACACAUAACCUUGAUAUUUUUUCCUGUACGUGGCAGCAUGUGUGAAUGUGUGCUGGGGAGAGGAGGGGAGGUGGAGCUUUUGACAAGAGCCCUCCCAUGUCUGGUAGUGUGUUGGCUUUGUGCAAUGCUGCAUGAAUCCCUCCUGCUCAGGUGCCUGGCUUGAUUUAACCUCAAGAACUGACUUUUGCAAUCAGGGUUUGAGGUCUUCUGCUUUAGCACUGCCCAGAAUCUGUCAUCUGCUCUCACCAUUCAGCCGCCAUCUGCUAUCCACAGAGGUUCCUAGAUGUCUAUGCCACAGAGAUUACACAGUAAUUGAGUCUCAGGCAUGCGAUAGAGGAGUUUUAGCUCAUUCUGAUCCUGGACCAGCAGCAAGUUUGCUGAUUUAGCUUGGUUCCCACCCAAGGUUCGCUGACUACAGUUCCCAAGACAAAUAGUCAUAGCUGCUCAGUGCUGUUUCUCACAGACCAUUACAAGUACAGGCCUUGGAGGCUGUAGCUCUCUGCCUCACCUCUCUAUAAUGAAUGCGGAUCCAUUUUUCAGUGAUCCUGGGAAUUUUUUUGAAGGAUAUUCUCCCUCCUAAAAUCUAAGAAAUUCUCAAGCGUUCUCUCUUGUUGAAAAGUGAAGAAAUAAGGUGGAAAUAUCUCCCCUGUGUAGAGAUUUUCAUCAGUGGUAAAAUUUCAGCUUUUCCUCCCAGUGACUUGGGUGCAGGAGGAGAAGAAUACAAUGGAGCAGUCUAAGGAAGGGACUCAGCUAGGACCCAGACUGCAAAGUCAUCUGUUCACCUACUGAGCCAUGGCCAGUUUCAUACAGGAAGAGAUCCCCAGCUUUUCUUGAGCUUCAGAUUCCUGCCCAGCUCUCUUGUUUCUAUUCCAGUUCUGAGGAAUGACCGUCAGAUGACCUUCAGAUCUCCUUAUCUCCACAGAUCCUUGCCAGGGCUAUCCAAACAGCCCAAAGAAGUGAUGACAGGGGCUGAAUGGGUGUGUAAUUCAGUGUCUUUCUCUCCUUUUUCAUCAGGGGCAGAGAUAGUGAAAAUGACAGAACAGAAAAAUUAUUUUCCCCAACAGCAGUGAUCCAGUUUCUCUUUAAACUCUGAUAUUUAAGAUGCCAUACAGCAGUACCUAUAAAUAUGCCUUGAAAUGUUGAAUGAGCACACGAGUAUAUUUGAUUUUGUUUUUAUGCCUAUAAUUUCUCUCACCAAGAAUUCAGCCGUUACUCAGCUCCCAGCAGGUUGUUCUGAUUGCUGGAGAGAUGGUUGGGAUUGAUUCUGGCUGUGACCUGCUCCAGUCCAGCCUCAUUCUUAUGUAGCUAGAUUGAAACAAUAGAAAUCAGCAAGAGACUGAAUUGUUGUUCCUGUGAAAAUGAACCUUCUUGUGCAACUCCAGGCUAAAUGUAGAAGGCGUUGAUGACCCACAACUUUGAACUCAGUAAAGGCCGCAGGUACUGAGAGGCACUGAACAGAUGUUAGGAACAGAAUGGCAGGAGAAAGAGAAAUGCUGCAAGAGGAAAAAAAAAACCAAACCAACAAACAUUACAUCAGAAAAGACAGUGGUUGGUUUACAAUAUAAGAAAAUCCACUUCUGUGCAUGAGAAAAGACACAGAAUACUCACCCUGGUAACCAAGAACAUUGGCCACCAGGACAAGAGCAGCUCAAACCCCCUCUCACUUUUAAUUUCCUUCUUCUCCUGCUAAUGCAGAACAAAUCCUGGCUUAUGGCCUUCCUGGAAACUGAAAUUAAGAGGCAGAUUUGGGAGAGGAUGAGAGGGACUGAAUCCUGCUGGAUGAUACAACAGUUUUAAAGCCCAGGACCUCUCAGUAGCAAGUUCCUGGUGUGCCCUUUCUUGGAUUUUUUUUUUUUUUUAAUUACAAACCUUAAUUGCUUCAAGAAGUGUUCACAAAGAGCCUAAAACAGUUCAGUCCCUGGUCUCUUGGUAAGGUGGAGAUUUCGGCAGACGGACAGACGUCCUGAACCGCGUCCCUGCGGAUCAGCACCGCGGACAGCGGCACCGCCCGCGCUGCGCCCGGCCCGGCGCUGCGGCCGCCGCCGGAGGAGGAACCCGCCUCCCACGGAGGAACCUCACUUCUGGAAUGGUCAUGCCCACACUGCCCAGGGAACUGCUGUCUCACCCGUCCUUCGUUUCUCCCAUGUUUUUUUCCAGUGUGAAAUCAUUAUCUGGUAUCUUGUUUUCAAGUGAUGGAAGAGGGAUGGUUUAAAACACAAACCAAUCAUUCUAAUGCAAGGGAGAACCGUUUUGUCCUUCAGAGUUAAAUUCUCUGCCCCACUUUUUGCUGCACUGGUGUUUCACCUACGAAGGCUCCAUCUCUAGUUGGGAUUGUGAAAGGCUCUUAUCUUCUCAUCCAUUGAGACAGUUUGACAAAUGGAGAGAUAUUACCCUGGUAGCCCUUUAGAAACAGAAUCCUUAUUUUAUUGGAAGCAUCAUGUGAUUCAGAUUUCAGCCAUCAAUUGCAUUUACUGUUGGUAAAGGGUAAACAGACAAAUCUCUCGGAAAAUUGCAAGUAAGGGACAUAUAAAUGACACUGUGGCCACUGGAAGUUAUGUUCACAAAAAAUAAAAAAGGAGAAGCCAUAGUAGAGGGUUGUCAGAAUCAUAGAAUCAUGGAAUGGUUUGGGUUGGAAGAGACCUUAACAAUCACCUAGUUUCAACACCCCUACCAUGGGCAGGAACAUUUUCCACCUGACCAGGUUGCACAAAACCCUGUCCAUUCUGGCCUUGAAGAGUCAAAGAUGAAGAGCCAUGAAGACACCAACAGGCAGGGCCCCAAAUGGAGAAGCAGUCUUAACUCACAGAGGAAAAAAAGGCAAGUGUCAGCAUUUGUCUUGCUCAGGCUGCAUAUUUGGGAUUUCAUCCCACAGGUAUUCCUGGAUCACACUAAGGAAGCUAUACCCUCAAAUUAGGGUUGAAUGUCUCCUGGACCUAUUCAUCCUGGUGAGAAGCUGUUGGGCUGGAGCAUGAAGGCUCAUUAACAUGCCUGAAAAAUUUAGUGUGAAGAAGAAGAGCCAGAAAAACAGGCCAGAAAGUUGGGCUAUUCCCCCCACUCAACAUAUGCUGCUUUCUAGAAGCACUUUCCUCUGUAUCCCACCUCCCACACACUCCCCAGCUGUGACUGGAAGUUACUACAAUGGGACAUGUGGAUGGACACUCAGAGACAGAGAGGACUGGGAAGUGUCUGAGAAACAAGACUUCAAAACUUGUAAGUAGCAGUACUGAAAAUGAGGGAUUAAGGCCAGACUUGUGGUGCUUAGGGCUGUCUGGGAGUCAGGAAGGAUGAGCUUGCAGAGGAUGGCAAAGAUAAUUUAAUAAGGGGCUUGGAGAACAAAUGAUGCUAAGAUGAGGAAUCAAAGAAGCCUACUGGGACACGGGAAGAGCAAGGAAAUGGACAAGGAUUUGAUUUCCAGUGAAGGGUCAGUGAUCAAGAGAGUGGUGAAAGUCAGAUAGGACCUGUGGUGAAGCAGAAGAGAGCCCUGGUUGGGGAAGAACUAUGGAUGUGAGGAAAGGGUCCCCACAGAAUGAUGUGUGCUCAUCCAAGUGGGUCCUGAAGGUUUCUCCAAACCUACAGUUCUGCUGGGCUUCCUACAGGCCCCCAAUUUCUGCAUCAAACCCAACAAACACCAUAACUUUAACAGCAUUCAUUUUGCUCUCUGACAGCUCUGGUUUCAGUACUUACAGUCUAAAUUGUUUUAGUUUCCCUCAAUCCUCCCGUUCAACCCCCACAACCAGCUAAUUCCUUGUGUGAAGGAGAAUUGGCUUUUUUUUAAAGUUUUCUAUUAUUUUUUCCCAGAAGUGUCCAUUAAAUUUUCAGCUAAACUGUAAGGCAAUUUUUUGCAUGAGAGCUUUACAUAGAUAGGCUUAAAGCAGAACAAAAAUAAAUAAAUAACUAUACUAAAUUACCUCCCCCUCCCCCACAUGUCUUAAUGAAGUGCUGUUUUACAUAAGUUAUUUCAAGAGAAAUGAAGUAUUUUUGGGCAGGAAAGCAAUCAACAUUUAUUUAAGUUUCCAGGAGUGUUGCAACUCCCUCUGAAUCUUCUGGGUCAGGCAAGGAGGCAAGUUUUCCACAGGUAAAGAUUGAGGAUACACAGCCUUCUUGGGUGAAGGCUGUCUUGGGGUGUUCAGGCUGUGCUUGGGAAUGUUUUUAGGGACUGCAUUGGGCACUUGCCUCUGGUAAUUUCUCCAGGGUUUGUGUGUUGAAGCAGUGCUGUCUGUCAGUGGUUUGUGUGGCAGCAUGAAGCCUAGGCAGAAAUAUCGUUCUGAUUUCCUGUGCUGGCCUCAAAAAAAACCCCCAUGCACCUUCCAGAAAUCUGCAAGGGGAGACCUAAUUUCUAGGCAACUGCUCCUCCUCCCAGCUGAACUGCCCUUCAGCAGUGCAGGCAGGCUUGGUCCCCAGAAGGUGCAGCUCCACAGCUCACUCUGGCAGGUACCAGACCACCUCUCUGGUACUGAGAGAAGGAUGGGGCUACAGCUCAGAGGAAAGGCAAUUUGCUGACAUUUGUGUUGUUACUAUUAUUUAAACCAGCUUAUUUUAAUCUCUGCUAAUGUCAUGGAAAGACUGCACGAGCAGAGAACAAUCCCUCUGGUGAUCUAUGUUGAAUUGAUUUCUAUUUUUUGGCAGCCUUUUUUUACACUAUGCACUAAUCCACGUUUGCUUAGUCUGGGGCUUCUUUUGCAUCUUUUGAGCCCUAUUUGCCAUUUUGCAAGUGAAUUGGUGGUUCUCAAUCUUCUCCAAACUGCAGUCGUCCCUUCUCCAAACCAAAAUUCACCAUUUUCUCCUGCUGGGAACAAGCCAGGUUAUCCCUUCAGGGAGAAUCUGGUGAGAGCAAGGAAGCUGUGAUCUCUGCCUGCCCACCCCACCUCCACUGGCUCCAACUCAGAGGAUGAAGAACUCUGGUCUGAGUUUUGGCCAAGGUAGGGUCCCUGCUUGUCCCCUGCCUGCCACAUCAUGUGCAUCAAGCUACCCUGGAAGGGGAUGACUGAUACAGCAUUAGUCACACUUACAUGAAGAAUUUUUUUAAAUUAAGAAUUUGCAGUGAGGUCCAGGGACCUGUCAAAGUGCUGAGGUAUUUACCCUCCCCAGACCUUCCCUUCCUUCCUGCCCUGCUUUGGCCCUUCCUCUCUCCCCAGCCUUGAAAUGAAACAGAAAAUUAUUUUUUUAAAACUGUGUUGAUAAUUUAUGUUUAGUAUAAAGGAUGAUUUAAUGGCAUCACCAAAGGUCAUUUUUUUCAUCUCCGUGUUACUACCCCAGCCCCAGAGGCUGUGCAUCCCCUCUUUCCCAUAACUCCACUGCCCUCCCUUCCAUCCACCUCACCCAUCCUCUGUCAUCACCCCACCCCAGCGUUCCACGCACCCGACACCCGCUCCAGGUUCAGCCAAUGGCCGAUGGAGAACAGAGAUUUCAAACUGAAACCUCCACUCCAGACCACCCCCAACUGAAACCAUCUCCACCCUGAAAACAGUCAGUUGCUGCAAACGACAGGCAGACUCAUUUCUUGAACUAUGUAAGGUUUUUUUUAAAGCCUUUUAUACCUAUUUACGUGUGCGCGUGCGUGCACCGAGGGUGCACAGCGGUACCUGUGUGCACAAAUGCACACGAAUCUCUCUCUCAAGUAUAAAUAUAUUGUAUGUUAGAGCUGUAAAUACUCCUUGGUCAAGUGUCUAUGUCUUCUUCAAGGUAUCAUAUCCUCAGUGUUACGUUAACAACUCCAUUUAUUGAUUGAUGAAACUAUGUGUAGACCUGUACCCUCCUGACAUAGUUUAUGUAGCUCUCUCUUCUCAAAUAAAGUACAAAACUACCACCA